UUCUUCUGUAUGGAAUGACUGCAGAAAAUGACUGGAAGGAGAAGAGAACUCAUUUUACAGUGAAACAAACAUCCAGCAGGGGGCGGUAAAGGCACUGCGGCGUUGAGGAGAAACAGCAAACUCCAUCAGAGAAGAACAGCGUCAGACAUGGCGGCUGUCUCAGGACAUAAUGGAAAGUGUGAUUCUGAUGCGGAUCUCCUCCUACACCCCGAGUUACUGUCGAGAGAUUUCCUGCAGCUUCUUUUAGACGAGAGAAAAAUCUGCACCAGAGACUGUCGAAACAGGGACCAACUCACUGAGCUGUACCUCCGGAACGUCAUGCCGCUGCCGCAGAGGAGUUUACCCAACAACCGCUGGGGACGGAGGAUGGAGAGGAGCCGAGGACGACGGACUUCUGCCGGACAAAAGUUAGAGAGCUCCAGGAAUGACCAGAGCCGGAAAAGACCUCUAAUCGUGUUUGACGGGAGCUCCUCGAACUCCGGCCCUUUAAAAGUGAAGAAACCCGAGGGAGCGACAUCGUCAGGAGCAGCAGACCGAUUAAAGCCUCCUCCAGCUGCUAAUCUGACCAACCCCAUUCGGAAACUCUCCUCCAGCUCGAUGAUGUCAUCUUCUUCGUCGCUGCAUCGCAGUACAGUCUCGACAAACCUCAAACAAGAAGGAAACACUUCGGAGGCGCUAAAAUCUCCAGAAGUGAAGAAAAAGAUCCCGCGUGUGACGUGGCCCUGACCUCUGCCCUCUCAGGACGGAAGCUCAGACUUUUCCCUCUCCUCUUCCUCCUCUGACCUCUCAGAGAUCACCAGCUCGUCACAGUUUGCCACAUAGGAGUCCCUUUAAACGUGUGUGAAAGGCCAGCAUGACUGCAGUUUUUUUUUUUUUUUAAACACGGUAAAUGCAGCCUUAAAUUCACUAUCAUCUCAUUAUUGAUUCAACAAAAGCAUUUUUUGUGGAAAACAAAGAACCUCCUGAAGGUGGAAUCAUGAUGUGAGUUUUUGAAACAUUUAUUUAUUUUUUAUUGAACGACUGUUAGGACAGGAAAAAUUAUUUUUCUUAAUACUGUGAACAGCAGACAACAUCAUAUCAAAACUACAGUAACAACUGAAAGGCGAACCAUAUGUUUACCGUAGAAAGUAAGAUCUGUUGUUGCUAUGAGCAACCAUUGAGGAACUGAAGGGAGUUGAUGCAAAAUCCAUCAGAUCCAGUCGGUCCAAACCCUUAAGUCCCUUUUUGUGCGACAUACAGUGAAGGAAAUAAGUAUUUGAUCACUUGCUGAUUUUGUAGGUUUGCCCACCUAUAAAGAAAUAGACAGUCUAUCAUCCUAAUGGUGGGUUCAUUUGAACUAUGAGAGAUAGAAAAUCAAGAAUUUAUUUACAUUUCAUUAAGAGAAAUAAAUAUUUGAUCUAGUAACCAUAAAAAGUUCUGAUUCCCACAGAUCAGUUAGACUCUCCUCAUCAACUUGUCACCUGAACUGAAGACACCCGUUUGAUCUUAUCACCUGCAGAAAAGACAUCUGUCCACAGAAUCAGUCAAACUCUCCAACUUUCAGUGGAUUUAAGAUUGUAGACCAGAAUGGACUACAAAACCAUCAGCAACAAGCUGGGGGUUAAAGGUCACAACUGUUGGUGCGAAAAUCCAAGAACAUGACUAUCAAUGGAUCUGUAGAUAUUGAGAUCUAAAGCAGAUCUGACCUGAUGGGGUUUCCAUGAUCAUGACAGCAGUGAGAAAUAGACUCUAAAACAAAACGGCAGGAGUUAGUUGAUGUUCUAAAAUCAGCUGGAACCACAGUCACCAAGAAAACCGUUGGUGAUACUUUCCACCACUCUGGUUUAACAUCUUUGAGUACUGCAAAAGAACCUUCGCCUAAGGAGUUUGCUAACAAACGCGAUUGGAAGAAGGUUCUGUGGCAUCAACUCAAUCCAUUGUGUUUGGAGGAAGAAAAAUGCCUCGAAAACACCAUCCUCACUGUCAAGCAUGGAGGUGGAAACAUUAUGAUUUGGGGGUGUUUUUCUGCAGAGUGGAUGAGAGGAUGGGUGGAGCCAUGUACCGUCCAAUCCUGAGUGAGAACCUCCUUCCCUCCACCAGGAGGCUUAAAACAUGUCACAGAUGGUCUUCCAACAGGAUAAUGACCCAAAACAUACAGACAAGAAAUCCAACGAAUGACUGAAGAAGAAGCAGAUCAAGGUCACGGAGUGAUCCAGCCAGUCUCUGGACCUCAAUCCUAUAGAAAACCUACAGAGAGUUGCUAAGAGACAAAUCUAAAGGAUUAAGAAGUCAUUUGUAGAGAAGAGUGGUACAGAAUUCCUCCUGAUAUGUGCAGAAACAUCUGACCUUUUAUGUUUUUGCCAAAAAAUAGUAAGUCUUUCUGGCAAGAGGUUUCAAAUAUUAUCUGUCAAUGAAAUGUAUAUAAACUUUUUUAAGUGGAUUUUUUUUUUUUAAAUAUCCUUUGAUAUUUUCUAUCUGUUCAAAUAAAUCUACCAUUAGAAUGAAAGACAAUUAAUUUCUGUUUAAGUAGGCAAACCUGCAAAUCCAUCAAAGGAUCAAAUACUUUCUCUCCUGUAGCCCCCCAUCUUUUCACACCCACUUUAGUGUUUAAAAACCAGACAACCCAGGUUCAAACUUGUGUGAUUCAAAUUUAGGGCUGUGCAAGACACCAACAAAAAUCUUGCGCUCCUGGUUUCACUUUACAUCGAGGUCUACGUUGUGUUCAGCCUCUGAGCUGACCCGGCCGGCUGCUGCUCAUGAGGUCGCUGAAGUCACGAGCUCCCAUGUUGCUGUCCACCAUCGUCAAGUGUCCUUGUUGGCAACACAAUCAACAUCUCUGUUCACUUCAGGAAAACAGUUGUGUUGUACGGAACAAAAAAAAACAAUCUGGUUACUGAAGUGAGCGUGAAAAAAAGUUGUUUUUCAGUGUAACUUGAUUACACAGACUUCCAUCAUCAUUGGAAAACUCUGUAAACUGAAUCUUUUUAACUGAUGUUAUUGGAGUAUAUUCAUCAUUUUUUGUCAUCCACACCACAAAAUUGUGUAUUUUACACAAAAUGUUGUGGUUUUUUUAUGAUGCAUAGUUUGAUGUUUGUACUGGAUUUUAUUUUUGAAACAGGAAGUAGAAAAACUUUCAUUCAAACAAAGGAAUACAGUGAAAGAAAUUAGUUAUUUUGGAGUAUAUUUAUUGCUUUGUGUAAAUACAGUUGAUAUUUCUGAUGUACAGUUUUUGUUUUGUUUAAAAAAAUAUGCAUAGAAUUACCUGAAUUGGUUUCAUGUGUGACUUUUUAAAAUAAAUUGAAUUCAAUAACA